AUGCUCUCCGCCUUCACAGCUCGGCCCAUCAUCGAGCUUAAGCAGCGCGACAAGUCAAAGAUCGAGACAAUCCUCGCAUACGGCGAUCGGGUCCUCGUUGGCCUCAACACCGGCGCCCUACGAAUUUACCGUCUCAACAAUAUCUCCACAGACGCUGGCAACGUUAAUGGUGGCAACAACAAUAACGGCGUCGCGUCUGCGACUGGAAGCUUGCCAAACGAUACAGACCAACCGAAACACAAAAGUAACCCAAAGGCAACAGAUCUCUUGCGCGAGGUCGAAAAGUUCUCAACGCGCCCAAUAGAACAGCUAGCCAGAAUCAAGGAGGCCAACAUUAUCGUGUCACUAUCUGCCUACUAUGUAUCUCUCUACGAUCUAUCAAGCUACGAGCUUAUCGAAACUCUCGCGCGUACGAAGAAUGCAAGUUGCUUUGCCGUAACCAGUAACAUUGUCAAAGAUGCGGCGACAGACAUCCCCGAGAUCAUAUCCAGGCUGGCUGUAGCCGUUAAGCGAAAGCUGUUGUUGUGGAGUUGGCAUGCAAGCGAGUUGAGCGAUGAGGUCAAGGAGAUCGUCCUGCCCGAGGCUGUGCGCUCUGUAACAUGGGCAACCGCCACCAAGAUCGUUUGCGGAAUGAAUGCCGGAUACGUUCUUGUCGAUAUCGAUACCUUGACUACAAUGGAGAUCAACGGCUCGGGCGCGGCAUCUGCUGGUGGCCAGGGCAGUCGCUUUGGUGCAGCCAGCAUGGGUUACAUGGGACUUGGUGGCUACAUGCCGAAACCCUUGACCGCCAAGUUGGCUGAUGGCGAAAUGCUCCUGGCAAAGGAUGUCAGUUCACUCUUUAUCGAUACCGAAGGAAAACCCCUCGAUAAGAAGCAAAUACCAUGGCAGAUUGCUCCAGACAAUAUUGGCUACAGCUAUCCCUAUAUUCUAGCACUGCAGCCACCCUCCAAAGGCUCACUCGACGUCUGGAAUCCGGAUACAUUGAGCUUGAUACAGAAUAUUAGCUUACCUGGAGCUGUUCAGAUGCACUUCCCUCCACCGACUGUUAGCCUUGCCCAUGCUGGGAAAGGCUUUCACAUCAGCAGUGAUCGAGCCGUGUGGAAGAUGGACGCAACUGACUAUGACUCGCAGGUGGCGGAACUCAUUGAGCACAAAAAGUACGACGAAGCUAUCAGUGUACUUGGAAUGCUGGAAGAUGCUCUGCUGAAGGACAAGGUUGCAACGAUGAGAGAGGUGAAAAUGCGGAAAGCCGAGUUGCUUUUCCGCGCCAAAAAGUACAGGCAGAGCAUGGAUUUGUUUAACGAGGACGACGUCUACGCACCUCCGGAGAGAGUACUCAAAUUAUUCCCGCGAGCAAUUGCCGGAGAAUUAGCCGAGGAAGUGGCCCGGGAGGAGCCUGUAUCAGAGUCCGAACAAGAGGCACAGGAGGCGGAGCAAGAAUCUGCCGAUGAAGAAGAUAAAGCCAAUGGCGAGAAGUCAUCUGAAGACGAGUCUACUCCAGCACAUGCUGCAUCGCCAACGCGGGGUGGAGGUUUCGCGAGAUACUGGCCGCUCGGCGGCGGGGCCAAGAAAGCAGAUUCAGAUACGGCUUCCAUCAUGUCGAAAAAGGGUCAUGUAGUCGACAAGGACACAGAGACUGCAAGUGUCAAGGGAUCAAGACAUCCUUCGGAAACAAUCCCAGCCGCGAACUCUGUGCUCGAAGGGAAAGACCUGAUGGAAGCCGCCGGAGAGCUCAAGUUCUUCCUCAAUGGAGCCCGCGCUCGGUUACAACGCAUACUAGAUGUGGAAACCGGAAAGCUGAAGAGACAGUCUUCUUCUUUAUCUGGGACCCAGCCUGAGCAGCUGACAAAUGAGGAUCAUGCAGCAAUCAACAACAUGAGUGCAUCGUUCCUUGUUGAUACAUCCAAGCUGGAUUCGGACCAAGCACUUGAGGAAUCCAUCAGAGCAACUUUCACACUGGUCGAUACUACUCUGUUCCGCGUGUAUAUGUUAUCGCAACCAAAUCUGGCAACCCACUUAUUCCGAAUCCCGAACUUUUGUGAUCCAAAGGUGGUCAACGAGAAGUUGUUGCAAACUCAUCGGUAUAACGAACUGGUCGAGUUUUUCUACGGCAAGAAAUUGCACAAGGAGGCAUUGACGCUUCUCCGAAGAUUUGGCAUCGCCAAUGAGGGACAUGAUCAUGAAGAAAAGAAAACCUUGCUCCGCGGUACAAGACGUACCAUUGGUUACUUGCAAGCAUUGCCGCCCGAACUUAUCGAUCUCAUUCUCGAGUUCUCCGAAUGGGUCUUGCGAAGAGACCCAGAUCACGGCAUGGACAUAUUCUUGGCUGACUCUGAGAACGCUGAAACGUUACCCAGAGAUCGCGUCGUGGAAUAUCUUGCUGCUUUCGACGAGAACCUCGAGCUGAGAUAUUUGGAGCACAUAAUUGAUGAACUGGAUGAUGCGACGCCAGAUUUCCACAACAGAGUCGUCGAGCUCCGGAUAAAGAAGCUUCAAGAGCAAAAGGAAGGCGAUGAUAGUAUCGGCGAGGCAUCCGAAAAGCUUGUAGAUUUCCUCAAGAAUAGCGAGCAGUAUGGCCCAGGCCCAGCGUACAGACUAAUUCCUAGAGACGAUCCGCGCUUCUAUGAGGCAUUGGCAGUCGUGUUUAGCAAGAUGCACCAAGAUAAGCAGGCCCUAGAGGUUUACGUCUUCAAGAUGAGGGACUACGCCAAGGCCGAGGAAUAUUGUAAUCGUGUACAUAAAACACGGCGGAAUUCAUCCUCUGGAACAUCGCCAACAGUAUCCAUAUUCGGACGCACGUCUCGUCCCUCCUCAUCCCAACAACGCUCAAACGAGGAGCCUACAGACCAAGACGAUCCAGACUCGCAUCCUUCAAUCUACCACACACUCCUAGGUCUUUACCUUACACCACCUUCUCCGCAUGAACCGAAUCUGGAACCUGCUCUGGACCUGCUCUCCAAGCAUGGUUCUCGUCUACCUGCAUCGUCGACAAUCUCUCUUAUACCAGACGAUUUGCCGGUCAAGGAAUUGGAAUCCUACUUCGGUAGUCGUAUUCGUGCGGCCAACUCAAGACUGGCAGAGAGCCGAAUUGUGGAGGGAAUGCGCAGGACUCUGCUAGUUGAUACUCAGGCACUUCUCUUGCUUGGCGACGGGAUGCCUGGGGGCCAGGGUGGAAGGAAUAGGAGAGUUGUUGUUGGAGAGGAGCGCAUUUGUGGGGUUUGCCAUAAGCGAUUAGGAAACAGUGUUGUCGCAGUCCUGCCCAACAACAGUGUCGUCCACUACGGUUGCCUGAACAGAGGCGGUGGGAGGCGACCAACGAGCACAAGUGGUGGGAGAGUCACGGCUGGCGCUUGGGGUCGAAGUUCAUAA